AUGACCUCCAGCUUUAGGUGGAAGAACUCUGGGACCCUGAAAGAGGCUGACCGCUAUCCCUGGCUUUCUCCAGCUGUGAACGGCUCAGCGGGGCAGGAGACGCAGAGGCAGCUUCCAGAGGUGCUGAGUGGGGCCCGGGAACCACCUCGAGAGGAUGGGCUGCCUCUGAUCACUGUGAUCAUCGCUAUCUUUGUCCUGCUGGCAGUCUGUAUCGUGGUGGCAGUCCACUGUGGGCCAAGUCUACACCAGGGCCGUGCCACUCUCCCCACAGAGCCACCAGCCCCAAAGCCAGAGGGUGGCAUCUACCUCAUCCACUGGCGAGUGCUGGGCUCCCAGGACAUUCAUGGAGACACGCAGCAGGGCCCUCCUGUCUCUGGCUCCUGCCUUGUGCCAGAUGGGCCUAGGCUCAGCAUCGACGAAGUCACAUAUCUGUAGGAGGAAGACUUUGGAAAGUAGGCCAGUCCUGGCUCAGAACAAGAAACUGGACAGAGAAUUAGGGCAAAGGCAAACUGGGGCCUGGGUGUCAGAUCUUUGGACGUGCACACAUGGACUAAGAUGGAGCUGCCCUCCGGGCAGAAUACAGAGAAAGCCUUGAUGGGGAAAUAAAGAAGCUUGAGGGCCCUGCCCAGACACAUGGUGCUAUGAGCAUUCCAAGUGCCCAAGGCUGCCCUUACAAAGCUACUCCAUCUUCUUCAGGGACCACCAGACCCCUGAACCUCCUUCUCCAAGUCCCUCCCCUUCUCCCACCCCUAAUCUCCUCUCCUUUGGUGUCAAGGUAAGUCUGGCUUGGAAGAUUCCACCACCCACCCCAUCCCCGUGCAGGGAUGGAAGA